GUGUGUUUAUUUCAAGUAUUCAUGAACGCUCGAAGCCUUGUGAAGUUACCGUAUAUUUUUAAUUAUUACAUAAUGGGUAGGUUUCUCGGCAGGAUAAAGCCAACGGAUAAAAACGAUAUCCGUUGGGGUCAUAUGCGGAUAGAGAUGCAAAUAUCAAUGGUCAAGUAGGGACUACUUUUACUGUUUAUAAACAAACAUGGCGUCGCCCUCGUCAUUCGGCGAUCGACACACUCUGUCGCAUGGAACUCGUGUCUAAAUAUCCUGUAUUAGGAAUAAACACUAUGUAUUUAGCUCGCCAAGGCUCGCUUAAUACAAUGUUUAUUCCUAAUGCAGGAUAUUUACCAUCCCCAAACACACUCGCGUGAUAACCUCUAUAUACAUGUAGGUCAAUCAGAAGUCACGUGUUUACCGUUUGACCUGGGAGAGAGGUCAGUUGACAUUUUCAUCGGGCGGCCAUGGCGGCGUCUGCUAUUCCAGUUGUUGAUUUCCAGAAGUACGGACUGAAUGUAGCGGACCCUACGUCCGUGGCGAGUGAAGUUUUGGAGACUACGGCCAGGGAGAUAUAUGAUGCCUUCAGUACAAUUGGCUUUGUGUACCUGAUCAAUCAUGGCAUUGAGCAGAGGCAGGUGGAUGACAUGUUCACGGCGUCCAAGUCCUUCUUUGAUCAACCUGUGGAGGAGAAGAGGAAGUGUGCUCGAGUCCAGACAGACUAUAGUGAUCAUGGUUGGGUUGCCCUGGAGAGCGAAUCGCUGAAUCCCGAGCGACAGACUGGAGACCUAAAGGAAGCGUUCAACUUUUCACCAAGGGAUGAUGGGGCGUGGCCGGCGGAUGUUCCAAAUUUUAAGCCAACUUUCGUAUCCUUCUUUGACGAAUGCACACAGAUGACAGAGCGGAUCCUUGAUGUCCUGUCUACAGGCCUCAAACUUCAGGAUCGCUAUUACCUGCGGGGGUGUCACAACCUGAUGGGCAAGAAGGGCGGCGCCACCACACUCAGAAGUCUGUACUACCCCCCUCUGUCUGGAACCGUGAAACCAGGUCAAGUUCGCUGUGGAGAACAUUCCGACUACGGAACAAUAACGCUGCUGUUCCAAGAUGACGUUGGAGGCUUAGAGGUGAUGAAUACUGACGAUGUGUAUGUUCCGGCCCAGCCUGUGCCCGGCGCCAUCGUUGUCAACAUUGGUGACCUGAUGCAGCGAUGGACGGCAGACAAGCUUAAAGCCACAAAACACCGGGUCCUGAUUCCUGAAUUGGAACUGAAGAAACGUCAGAGUCGACAAUCAAUUGCUUUCUUUGUCAACCCAAAUAGUGACACCAUGAUUAAAUGUCUAGAUGGUUCAGACAAAUAUGAACCCAUCUCGUGCCUGGAUUAUCUGAACUAUAAGUUCAGUCUGACCUUUUAGUUAUCGAGGAAGCCCUUGACGUCAUUGUUUGAGAAAAUGGAGGGUAGUUUUAAACGAUUGUCCAUUUAUUGUUGUUAACGUUUCGCAUGUGCAUUUCAUCGCCUCCUUUAACACCGUGGUGAUCCUAGGAGAUAAAGGGACAAGUAAUAUGAGCAUACUGAUCAUGAUAUGUAUUUAGCAUCAUUUGAUGUAUAUGAGGAAAGAUAGAUUUGAGGAUAACGAAAACUUCUUGUGUAUUGAAUCUUGAUCAGAAACUGCCCUAUAGUACUUGACUGAUUAAUUCUAAAUAUAUACAUGCAGGUGAU